ACUAGUUUUAUUUUUUUUGGUUUCACAGUUUUGCCUUCAUUCAUAUUGCGGGAGAAGGUGCGGAAGAGAAGGCGUUGGCACUUAGUGGAAGUGACGCGGGAGGAUGGAAUGUAUUCGCUAAGUCUUCACCGUAUGAUGGACAAUACGUUGAUCCUGGACGGGCUACUGCGGAAUCCCCACGCUUCAGUCUUCCACAACGCAAGAUGAUAGUUACGGGGUAUGACACCUCGCUUCCUGAGAUUGAUAUCCAGAUUCGGCUGAGUAACCAUUUCUCUUCAUGUGGAGAGAUCACGAAUGUUAUGAUUCCCAAAGACGCAAACGGUGGUCUCGACAGCACUGCUCUCAUUUCUAUUCUGGGAGCAGGCUCUGUAGAGAAGGCCCUGGAGCUUGGUGGAUGUGACGUGGGAGGAUGGAAUAUUGCAGUUGUUACGGUUUUACCGCCACUAGGCACAACAAUAAGAUACUGCUCCUCAUCAUCUCUUUCUUCACCUAUCAAGUCCAAGAUGACUACGAGGACCAAGAAGAAGAAGUCGACUAUGGAGUAGAAUCUUCCUUUCUUAGAAGAAGAUCGAAGCUCUUUGAUGUUUCUUUUAUACAAUAUGCAACUUCUUAUUAUUCCCUCCAUUAUUAUCACUGAGUAAGCUAGGAAGACACGCUGAUUUGGUUUUAUGGUUAUGUAUGUCUGUUACCGACUUUGUAAUUAUAAUUAUUAUUAUUAUUAUUAUUAUG